UUUAAACCGCCCAGCUAAGCUCUAUGUUCAGAACAUCACCCCAAACAGCAAUGCCUGGCUAGGCGGUGGCUCCAGGGCAGCACCAGGAGGGAUGCGCUCCCGCCCCUCCUGCAGGUGGAUGGUUGGAUGGAUGGCUGGUCCAGAGAGUCAAGCUUUAUCCCUGGAUCCCUUCUCGUUCAUUCUGCGCCUGCGUCGCUGGCGAGCCGCUAGGCGAACCCAAGUUGACCUCAGCGUCGUUCCCUACUCUUUAGUAAGCGUGGCCCUCUUGAAGACCCAUAGCAAGAGGUGGGGUUGUGCAUGAUUAAAAAGGGGCGUAGACGGAGGGCGGGCCCUCGGUUUCAAUUGGUCCUCCCGCCCUCCGGAAGUCGAGUCGCGGACUGUGCGCACUCCGAAGUUGCUGGGUCGCUCUUGCGGCGCCGCUUCCUCUCCCGCUCGAUCGGUCUCGGCGGGGACCCACGAGGGUCGAUAUGCCUCGGUACGCGCAGCUGGUGAUGGGCCCUGCCGGCAGCGGAAAGAGCACAUACUGCCACACCAUGGUCCAGCACUGCGAGACCCUGAGCCGCUCAGUCCAAGUGGUGAACCUGGAUCCUGCGGCCGAGCACUUCAGCUACCCUGUGAUGGCAGACAUCCGAGAGCUGAUUGAGGUAGAUGACGUCAUGGAGGACGACUCGCUGCGGUUUGGCCCCAACGGUGGCUUGGUCUUCUGCAUGGAGUACUUCGCUAAUAACUUUGACUGGCUGGAGGGCUGCCUCGGACACAUGGAAGACGAUUACAUCCUCUUCGACUGCCCAGGCCAGAUUGAGCUCUAUACUCACUUGCCCGUGAUGAAGCAGCUGGUGGAGCGCCUGCAGCAGUGGGAGUUCCGAGUCUGUGGGGUGUUUCUGGUCGAUUCUCAGUUCAUGGUGGAGUCAUUCAAGUUUAUCUCUGGGGUCAUGGCAGCUCUCAGCGCAAUGGUGUCUCUGGAAAUCCCACAGAUCAACAUCAUGACCAAGAUGGACUUGCUGAGCAAGAAAGCAAAGAAGGAAAUAGAAAAGUUCCUUGAUCCUGACAUGUAUUCUUUGAUAGAGGAUUCUACAGGCGUCUUAAGAAGCAAAAAGUUCAAAAAGUUGACUAAUGCCAUCUGUGGAUUGAUCGAUGACUACAGCAUGGUCCGCUUUUUGCCCUAUGACCAGUCGGACGAAGAAAGCAUGAACAUAGUCCUACAACACAUUGACUUCACGAUUCAGUAUGGGGAAGACUUGGAGUUUAAAGAACCCAAGGAAAAUAAAGAAGAAAAGUCAUCCGUGUUCGAUGAGUUAUUCCAAUACCAAGAGGAUGAAUGAAGAUAUUUAAUUUUUCUGGUGUUUAUUAAAGCACAAAGAGCUUUGGGGGCAGAAUCUUACAAAGACUCAUUUUUAGCCUCAGGGAGAAGUGGAUGGAGAAUUCUUCUUUCCACAAUCCACAAUCUGAACCUCUCACUUCCUCCUUACCCCCAGAGAAAAAGGAUCAUUUGGAAAAUCUACAGGCAAAUGUUUCCAAAUGAAGACCCAAGUUCUCUAGGAUGUGUUUAACUGUUUAAGGGAAGACAAGCUGUGGCUAUAAACGCAGCCAGACUCCGGAUUCCCAUUUGGAGAACAACUUGGACUUGGAAAAAGCUGAUUUGAGACUCCUAGUUAUUCAGUGUGCACAGAAAAGCCCUAGGCGCCAUUGUUGGUCAUCCUAGGCCCCAGGCCCAAUUUACUUUCAUUUUGGGGGAAAGCUAGUUUGCAUCGUGGUGUGGAAGCAGCACAGAGGGAGAGCUCAGUUUGUCGUGAAGAAGAAAGACUUCUGACAACUCCGAGCUAACCACAAAUGGCAUGGGGCUCCUCAGGAGGAGGCAGUCUGCCCCAUUUCCAUAGCAAAGGCCAAAGGCCAAAGGCCUUUGAGGUGCAGAGGAUUCUUUUACAGGUUCAGGUCCAGACGGCCCAAGGGUUCUCCUCACUCAGAUUCUUUCUUUUGCUGCUGGUCAAAUGAUUCUGUUCCCCUCCCUCAGAAUGGAUUGCUAAAAAUUACUUUUAUAAUAAGAAUAAAACAUUAUGUCUGAGUUA